AUGUUGGAAGAUCGAUCAUUAGAUUCGUGUUUGAUUUCAAGGGUUUUCUCAAGCUCUCGUAUUUCUGAAUCAAACUGGUCUAAGUCUUACAUGUAUCCAGAGGAUGAUGAUAAAGCUAGUAAUAAGCUCAGUAAUGGAAAAAGAGGAGCUUUGGAGGUUGUUGGUGAGAUUAGACAAACUAAAUCACUUAAGCUAAUGGGUUUUUCGAUUACGUAUGAUAGCGAUUCUUCUGACUAUUCAUUGAGUGGGGAAGGGGAAGGUGAUGGUUCAGUGAGACAGGAGCAAGAACAAUCUGAUUCUAACAACAAUGGUGGUGAUUCAUCGGAGGAUUCACAUUCUCUUAUCAAUGAGAUUGGUCGGGACAAUUCGAUUGACUGUUUGAUCCGUUGCUCGAGGUCUGAUUACGGCUCUAUUGCUUCAUUGAAUCGGAAUUUCCGUUCUUUGGUUAAGAGUGGGGAUGUUUAUAGAUUGAGGCGACAGAACGGGUAUGUCGAACAUUGGGUGUAUUUCUCUUGCCAGCUCUUGGAAUGGGUUGCGUUCGAUCCUGUAGAGAGAAGGUGGAUGCAGUUACCAACAAUGCCUUUUAGUGUUACCUUCAUGUGUGCCGAUAAGGAAUCUUUAGCCGUUGGGACAGAUCUCCUUGUAUUAGGAAAAGAUGAUUUUUCUUCUCAUGUAAUAUACAGAUACAGUCUUCUCCAUAAUUCUUGGUCUUCUGGUAUGAAGAUGAACUCUCCGAGGUGUUUGUUUGGAUCGGCGAGUCUUGGAGAGAUUGCUAUAUUCGCUGGUGGCUGCGAUUCUCAGGGAAAGAUCCUUGAUUUCGCGGAAAUGUAUAACUCUGAGCUUCAAACUUGGAUUACUCUUCCGAGGAUGAACAAACCGAGGAAGAUGUGUUCCGGGGUUUUCAUGGACGGGAAGUUCUUUGUAAUUGGGGGAAUUGGUGGUGCUGAUUCUAAAGUCCUGACUUGCGGUGAGGAAUAUGAUUUGGAGACAAAGAAAUGGACUCAAGUCCCUGACUUGUCGCCUCCAAGAAGCCGUGCUGAUCAAGCUGAUAUGUCACGAGCAGCAGAAGCACCGCCUCUUGUUGCGGUUGUGAAUAACCAAUUGUACGCUGCUGAUCACGCUGAUAUGGAAGUGAGGAAGUACGAUAAGGAGAAAAAGAAAUGGUUAACUGUCGGAAGAUUGCCUGAAAGAGCUGGCUCGGUUAACGGAUGGGGACUUGCUUUUAGAGCUUGUGGGGAGCGGUUAAUCGUUAUAGGUGGACCGAAGUACUCGGGAGGUGGGUUUAUAGAGCUGAAUUCUUGGAUACCGAGGGAGGGUGGUCCACCACAAUGGACAUUGCUCGAUAGGAAACAUUCUCCUAAUUUCGUUUACAAUUGCGCGGUGAUGGGUUGCUAA